AUGCAUAGUUCUAAUGCAAAUGAAAAGUUACUGAUCAUUAGUCAAUGCACAGCCAUUCCGACAUCGUCUACGCCUACAUCAGGUUCAAAUUCAUUAACUUCUACAACGUUAGAUGCUGGUGCAACGAGCAGUCCUACAUCUGCUAGUACAAGUACAGUUCCUUCAGGAAAUCAAACAAUGGAGAGCAUACCAGAACAUACUGUGAUAACAAUUACAUGUGUUUCACCAACACCAACGAUAAAUAUUGUUGAUGCUUAUUACGGUGUUAAAGAUUUUUCGAUGUGCAGCUGCGCAUCAAGUAAUUGUACGAUAAUGGACGUAACUGAAGUUCUUAUUUCAUAUUGUGCUAACAGCAAUAGCUCAUCGAUAUGCACGUUUUCUGAUAAUAAUUCACUAUUUGGUGAUACUUGUCCUAAUACAUUGAAAGCCUUUUGGUUAACAUAUUUUUGUGACUGA